AUGGAUGUAAAAAAUGCUUUCUUAAACGGGUACUUGAAUGAAGAAGUCUAUGUAGAACAACCCAAGGGGUUCAUAGAUCCAAACUUCCCAGAUCAUGUUUACAAAUUAAGGAAAGCUCUUUGUGGACUAAAGCAAUCUCAUAGGGCUUGGUAUGAGAGACUCGCUGACUACCUUGUUAAUAAUGGAUACAGGAAAGAAGGAACAGACAAAACUAUGUUUGUUAAAGAAGAGCAUGGUAAACUCAUGAUAGCUCAAAUAUAUGUUGAUGACGUUGUAUUUGGAGGGAUGUCAAACCAGAUUGUACAAUAUUUUGUCAAGCAGAUGGAAUCUGAGUUUGAAAUGAGUCUUGUUGGUGAACUGAUAUACUUUCUUGGGCUACAAGUCAGACAUAUGGAUGACAUUAUCUUCAUCUCCCAAAGCAAGUACGCCAAGAACAUAGUGAAAAAGUUUGGCAUGGAAAAUGCUAGCCAUAAAAGGACAUAUGCACCAACUCAUUUAAAACUAACCAAAGAUGAAAAAGGUAAAAAUUUGGAUCAAAGUCUGUACAGGAGUAUGAUUGGUAGUCUGCUUUAUCUCACAGCUAGCAGACCUGACAUUACAUUUGGUGUAGGAGUUUGUGCUAGAUAUCAAUUUGAACCCAAAAUGAGUCACAUUACUCAAGUGAAAAGGAUUCUGAAGUAUAUCAAUGGAACCAGUGAAUAUGGAAUGUUGUAUUCUCACAAUGCAAAGUCCUUACUAACAGCAUAUUGUGAUGUAGAUUGGGCAGGCAGUGCUGAUGAUAGAAAAAGCACUUAUGGAGGAUGUUUCUUUUUGGGAAAUAAUCUAAUAUCUUGGUUCAGUCAGAAGCAAAAUAGUGUGUCAUUAUCUACAAUUGAGGUUGAAUAUAUUGUUGCAGGAAGUAGUUGCUCUCAAUUGAUUUGGAUGAAAUAA